AUGACAUUAAUUGGUUCAGUUUCUUCAAUGAGUAACCUUAGUUUUAUUUAUAAAACAAAUUCUUCCUCUUCAUUUUCAAUAUCGAAAUCAUUACAAUCAUCAAACAAAAUACAAUGUGGAAGUGGGUGUGGUCCAAUUGGCAUAGUUCCUCAUUUGGUAGGUGGUGUUUUAUUAACCACUGGUGAUUUAGUUAAUACAGUCGGAAACACAGUAGGAGGUCUUGUAAAUGGCCUAAUUGGAGAUGGAGGAAACUAUGGUUGUAAUUAA